AUGUUGAUCUCUAUGCUUCAAAUGAUAGUCAUGAUCAGAAGAAUUUUGGUUGAUAGCUUAUACCAAGGCUACCUGGAUCACAUAUAACAUUAAUUUCAUCAUAAUCAAGCUAAGUAACUCAAUUUAACGCAAGCAAUUAUGGCAGACUAGGCUAAUGAAAUCAUUUUGAAACCAGAAAUUUUGUAAAAUUCUUAACAAUAAGUUAUUCCAAUGACAUUAUAAAACGAUUGUUUAAAUCUAUAAAGUGUACCAACUAUAAAUAACAACGAUCAGCUCAGAUCAUCAGCUUCUUUUAUUAACUCAAAUACAUAUCUCAAUAUUUAGUAAUUCUCGAAUUCAUUCUCAAACUCUAACAAUUAAACAGGUAAAAAAGAUAAUUAUAAAUAGCAUCAGAAGAAAUCAUCUAUUAAUAGUCAUGGCAAAGGAGUGAAUUCAUCAUAUAGAACAUCUUUACAUGACUUUGAAAGUAUAAUAAAAUAGGCAAGAAACAACUAAAACUAUUAUUAAAACCCUCAAUUCGAAUAGAGUUUGAGGACUUCAAACUCUAAUUUCAAAUUAUAAUUAAGUUCAAGUAAAAAAGAUUCAAGGUCGAGGCAGAAAUAAUCACAUAAAUUGAAUACUCAUUUCUCUGGAAGCAGCACUUUUAACUUAUCAAAAUCUUUAACUAAAAAUUUGUGCUCAACAUCGAAACAAAAUAGUUCUGCGAAAAAAUCAAAUAUCUAUGAAAGAUCAAUAUUGUCCUAAUCCCUUAGUUCUUAAACAGGAGUAAACAUAUCAGAACUAAUUAAAAGUGCCAAUCAAGGCUUAAAAAGUAUUUUAAACAAAGAAAACGACAAUGACAAGUACUUUGAAAAUUUGAACGACCUAUUUUCAAAUUAAAUUAAUGAUAAGAUUCAGGAUAUGAUUAAGGCUCGAGACGAAAUAUACAUAAAAGUUCAAAACCAAAAUAAAACCUUAGCAAAUCACAAAGCAAAUCUUUAAUCACAACAAGGAUCAUAAGUAAUGCUGCUAAAAGAAAUUGUAUUGAAUUAAGAUAUAAAUCAUAUGCUUGCAUAAACUGAAAUAGAUCUAAAAAAUUAAAUAUCCGACAUAAACUACAAAAUUAAUUCCAAAGGGCAGGAGUAUGAAUAAUAUAUUUGUAGUCUCGAGUAUGACCACAUAAAUCAGAUGACCUAAUACUAAAAACUUAAUUACGCAUUUGGAAAUCAACGAUAACAAGAAAAAGAAGUAAUUGAAGACUAAUAAGAUUUGAUAUCAUAGCAAAAAAAGAAGAUGGAAUUAGAAGAUUUGUGA